AUGGACUUCAAAUGUCCACUCUGUGAUAUGCCGAUUCCAACGCUGGAGAAACUAAAACAGCACAUCAAAAACACACACAGCGCGUACUUUUGCGACACAUACCUUUUCCCGUCGGAAAUGCUCUUUCCCGGUAUUUCCUCCAGUGUUGCGCCAAACAAUGUGGAUGGAGUGAUCACCCAUGAACCGAUUUCGACACCGGAAGUGGCCAUCGAACAGAUCGAGGAACCAUGCUGUGUUUGCUGCGAGUAUGGUGGCCCCGAAGGUGAAGGAGAUGAGUGCGGUUUGUGUGAUUGCAAUUGCGAAGACGACACUGGAGCCGAGUGUGACGACUGCUUGGUGAUGUAA